AUGUUAUAUUUGAAGACAUUAUCGUUAAAACUUCUAAUAAUAAUCGUUAAUUUAAGUGAAAUAAAGUGUCAAUACUAUGGUCAGGAUGCGAUAGGAAUCCAUAGACAACUGUGCGAUAUUCCGCAGACUCUUCAGGGAGAGUGGUUCUCACGAGAGUUCGGGGAGAAUGUGUUCACUACCAUCACAUCCGACUCGGUGUCCAAUAGAGGACAAUGUCUUCAAAUGCAAAGCACUAAUUACGACAACUUUACGCUUGUCCUGAGACAAGGUGAUUGCUAUCAUUGCGUUCGCCUUAUUAUACGAACCCUUAAUGUUCUCGAGAAGAUUGAAACGACAAAUCCUUCGGGAAAGAACUGUCGAUCCAGUUUGGAGGGCGUCUGGAAAUUUGGGUAUCAAAACAGAUAUAAAUUUACGGGAGAGUGCACUCAUCCCGAGGCAAACAUCACCGCCUGUCAGAUCCCAGGAACACAAUUCUUUAAUGUGAACCAACAGUUUAUAAUGAAUUAUAGAAAGUGCACCGGUAUGCAGGACACAGAGGAUGCUGAGGUGCAAUUUAAAUGCUUAGGGGACUGGUAUGUCGGCAAAAAUCAUUACUUCGCUGUCGUUAACUCGAGAGAAUCUCGAAUUGAGGAGAAAUACCGAUGCUUUUUGGCCAACAGAGACGACGACGUAUUUCUUUCGGUCUCAAUAACCGCUGAAUGCAAUACAUUGCGAUCACCACAAGAGGGUCCCGAAAGACUGCGAUUGUUUCCCGUGAAGACAGAAGUGGUUCCCGCGAAAUGUACAUUACCUCAAAACUUCACUGGCAUUUGGGUGAACACCGCUAACUUUGACGCUGAAGUCUCAAUAAACGCCACUUAUAUGGUUGAGAAGUGGAGGCCCGACACCGGAAGAGUCAAACAAGAGAUCUAUGUCUGUCAGGAAAGACGGGGCACACGCUUUGUGAUGGCAAGACUCGGCAUUAAUGGGUGCCAAAAGGAUUUUGUGUGCUAUGACUUCGUGUCCCGACACCACAACAUAAUCCGUUACCGGAAGGGACAGCCGAUGAUAAUCGAUACGUUCGCCACUGUCUGCGCGUGGAAUAUGUUUGACGACGCGGAGGAAUGGAAGUAUGACCUCUUGAUUGCCAAGAAUCCCAUUUCGACGAAGUGUCCGAUCGCUGGUAAGUUCCGAUUCGAUCAAAGCGGAGACAUUCCCUUUGAAACGAGAAUCAGGGGAGGAGUGACUCAAAUCCCAAGACCUAACGUCUACUGUAAGGAGAAUAUAUCGGACUUUUCUGUCUGUGACGCCGACAAAAAGAUUAUAGAAAUUGAUGCCAACUAUUGUAUAUCUGUUGACCAUUUCGGACGACCCGUUGAUAUAUACAGUGAACCCGACUAUCAGAUGCAAUGCAUUGGCUUUUGGAAAGAGAAUCUCAAAUCAUAUUUAGUAACAUACGAUCCGUUGGACGCGUACAGCAAAUACCGGUGUUGGGUCUAUCAGAGGGCAGAUCUCAAUGUCAUUCUCAUGUCAUUAUCUGUCGGCGCCUUUUGCCAUAUCAGACAAGAUGUGAGGAGUGGCCGAUCGGGAGAGGGGGCACAGAUUGCCUUGCUCAUGGCCGAGUACGAGAGGGAACAUGACGACUGUCCCAUGUAUUUUGAUGACGGAUCCAACCCAUAUAUCGAAGUCUUGGAUCAGGUGACGGUUCUUAAGGCUAUCAGUUCUGCCCAUCGCAUCACACAAAGCACAACCUUUUCAUUCAUUAUAAAGUGUUGCUACGGAUACUUAGGUUAA